AUGGUAGAAGUAGGUGCUGCUGUUCAUCAUAGGCCCUCUUUCUCUGCUUCUUUUGUUUCUGGGUCAUGGUCAUAUUGGGGUUUCCGGAGAACUUCAUUAUCAUCAAAGAUAACAAUAACCCAAACGGGGAAAAACAAGGGUUCUGCUUCUGUUAAUAUUUCUGGUUCAUUAUUGUCCCAGAAACAAACAGGUGGUGAGCAAUUAUUGUUCCGUAAGAGCAACAACAGUGAGAGGAAGGAGAGGGUGUUCUUCUUGGAUGUGAACCCUCUCUGUUAUACAGGAAGCAAACCCAGCUUACGCUCCUUCGGUUAUUGGAUCUCUCUCUUCUUCUCCGAAGUCACCAACCGUGACCCAGUCAUAGCUGUUCUUGAUGGGGAAAGAGGGAAUGAAUACAGAAGACAGUUGUUACCUUCAUACAAGGUACAUAGGAGAAAAUUCUCAGCUUCACAAUGGUUUUCAAGAAAUCAUGUUGGAAGUUCACGUCAUAUCAUUACAGAUGUUCUUCAGAAGUGCAAUGUGCCAGUCAUUAAAAUCAAAGGCCAUGAAGCAGAUGAUGUAGUAGCUACGUUAGUAGAACAAGUUCUGGGAAAAGGAUUCCGAGUUGUUAUUGGAUCACCUGAUAAAGAUUUCAAGCAGUUGAUAUCUGAAGAUGUGCAAAUUGUAAUGCCCAUGCCAGAGUUUGGCCGGUGGUCCUUUUACACAUUAAAGCACUAUAUGGCUCAAUAUAAUUGUGAUCCAAGCUCUGAUCUGAGUCUUCGAUGCAUUGUUGGUGACGAAGUUGAUGGUGUUCCUGGACUUCAACAUAUUGCUCCGGGUUUUGGUCGCAAGACAGCCUUGAAGCUCUUAAAGAAGCAUGGUUCAUUAGAAAAUUUGCUAAAUGCAGCUGCAGUUAGAACAGUGGGGAAACAGUACGCACAAGAUGCUCUUACCAAGCAUGCUGAUUACCUGAGGAGGAAUUAUAAAGUUCUUAGCCUAAGAAGGGAUGUGGAUGUUUGUCUUCAGGAGGAAUGGUUAUCUGUGAGAGAUACUUGCAAUGAUGCAGUUGUCCUGUCCAAAUUUUUUGAAUUGUUGGGGGGAGACGAAAAUCUCAACGAGCAAAAGGCCUCAUAUUUUUUACGUUAAGCUCCAACUUGUAAGUUCUGUGAAGGUGCAUUAAAUAGAAGGGGUUUGGUGUCAUUCAUAUUUUCUGAUUAGCCAUCAUUGCUAGAGUGGAGCAUGCAGUAUGCCAUCUAUCUUGAUUAUUUCAUAUGGGAGUAUUUGAGGUUCCCUUGGUAGGCUUGUGAGCAUGCACACUAACAUACACCAAGCCAAACCUGCUUUGGAAAGUAGUGAAGUAAACAAGAGUAUCAGAAAUGCGAGAAAUUAAUAGAAGAAUUUCUUAAGAUACUCGGUCAUAUUCAGGCCUUGGUAUACACAUUGGAGGAGAAAAGAAACUAGUUAGCAAGGACCCUGAUCUGUAGUGCAGACUGUUUUGCAUGGAUUCACAAUCCCAUGUUAUCUGCAUAUAUACUUUCCACAUUACUUGUCCUUUUUUUACCCUUUUCUUUUU